UCUAUACUCGGCAUGGAUUCUAGCGGCAAUUCAAUGCUUGCCGACUCGCUGGACCUACGCGAACACAUGGUGGGUAUACUAUUUUCGCGUAGUAAGCUCUCGCAUCUGCAGAAACAGGUUAUUGUGCAUAUUGUGCACGCGAUCAAGAAGGAAGCGCAUCGCGCCAAAGAAGAUUGGGAAAUUGUAAAUUUGGCGAAUUGUUUCAAGGAUGCGCACGCCACCACAACAUCUGCCACCUCGACGGGUGAACCGAAGAGUGAGUCUAGUUCGGAGCGCUAUCGUGCGCCCGACACUUACUGUUUCGAGAUGCUAAGCAUGGUGCUGGCGCUAUCCGGCAGCGUUGUGGGCCGUUCCUAUCUGUCACAUCAGUAUGGGCUACUCAAGGAUUUGUUGACGCUGCUACAUACAGGCAGUGAUCGCGUACAGCGUCAGGUAGCGGCACUACUGCGACGCAUACUGCCCGAAAUUUCACCGGAGAGCUUUGCCGAGUUGAUGGGCGUACAGCGCUUGCCGCCGGCAGAUUAUAAUAUUGCACACCAGAAUGCUGCUGAUUUCGAUAUGAAUCGCUUGGGUUUGCUGGAUAUAUUUUUGGCAGUCAUCGCCAAGGCGCUGCAGUUGCAAGUUAAGGUGAAGUGUACUUCAAGCAAACCGAGUCUCGAGAAAACACCUUCAUUUGUACGUCUCUGCAAUGCACUUGAUUUGUCGGUACAUCUACUGAAGCAAACGCAGAAGACAAAGGUAAAUGCUGAUGGCGAGCUGGGCGGCGGAGAUGGGGAUGCCGGCGAAUUUGCAGGCAAAACACAUCCAUUUCGAUUCGAUCAACAAGUGGAAGCGAGCGAAUACGAGCUGGGGCGUUCAACAUUGAAGGCGAAUAAGAAAGAAACGAAGAAAAAUCUUAAUCAGCGUUGGUUCUUGAAUGGUGUCAUCUCAACCAAGCAGGCGGAAAGCAUCAUCAGUCUGGUGCGCGAUUUGGCCAGUGGCAAAUUAAGCGAUAAAUGGUCUCAGAUCACCAAGGCAGCCAUAGCUGAGUCGGUAUUAAAUUUGACUCGUUUGGAUGAGAUUUUCCGCAAUCCUGAACAUUGUGUGAAGACCGCCACACUGUGGCUAGCGCUGGCCAGCCUUUGUGUGCUCGAUCGCGAUCAUGUAGAGAAACUAUCGUCCGGUCAGUGGUCCAAGGUUUCCGAUACGCGUCCAAUGUGCACCAAUCACGACGAUGGUGAAACUGCUGCCAUAAUUCAGUGCGAAACUUGUGGUUCACUGUGUGGCGAUUGCGAUCGAUUUUUGCAUUUGAAUCGAAAAACAAGAAUGCAUAAGCGAACGGUGA